CCAGACUACUUAUUAUGGGCGAGUAAACAUGGCGGAACGAAAGACACAACAGAAGGGAAGUGUGGUAGAUCGCCCGCUCAGCAAGGGCAAAUCGGAGGUGAAUAUCAGUACAUUUGCCUUGCUGUUUUCUGAGAUGGUGAGUUACUGCCAGAACAGAGUGGGCUCGGUUCCUGAACUCCAAAGCAAAUUAUCUGAAAUGGGUCAGCAUGUUGGAGUUCGGAUUCUGGAUCUACUUUUCAUCCGAGAGAAAGGUCUGAAGAGAGAAACUAAACUACUCAACAUUCUCCUGUUCAUUAAGUCCAAUGUCUGGAAGGUUCUGUUUGGCAAGGAGGCUGAUAAACUGGAACAUGCUAAUGAUGAUGAGAGAACUUAUUACAUUAUAGAGAAGGAAUCGCUCGUCAAUUAUUUUAUUUCUGUCCCCAAAGAUAAAGGUAGUUUGAAUUGUGCAGCAUUCACAGCAGGCAUUGUAGAAUCAAUACUAUCAGGUUGCAACUUUCCGGCCAAGGUCACGGCUCAUUGGCACAAGGGUACCACCUUCAUGAUUAAGUUUGAGGAUUCCGUCCUAGCCAGAGAUAAGGCAUUGGAUCAACGGUAGCCAAAUACAGUCAUUGCAUGAUCUUAGUCUUAGUCUAUUAAAACUAUAACCCCUUUGAAACAUUCACUUGGAAUGGAUCCUUCCUCACUCUAACAAAACCCAACACAAUAUGGUUACUCAACACCAAAGCUUGGAUUAGAGUGGUAUACUGAAUUCAAUGUAAAACAUUCAGUUUACUAUAAAAAAUGCUUUUGGGUUUUGAUGGGUUUUGGGGUGGUUAAGGUUAAGUUCUUGGUACAACAAAAUCCAACGAAACAUGCUGUUGGAUCUUGAUGAGUUGGGUGGUUAGGGUUCGGUCCUCAGUCCAACAAAAUCAAACAAGCUUGCCUUUGGAUUUUGAACAGGAUGUUGAUGGGCUGGGAUUGUGUGGUUAAGGUUUGGUCCAACAAAAUCAAACAAAACUUGCUGUUGGAUCUUGAUGAGUUGGGUGGUUAGGGUUCGGUCCUCAGUCCAACAAAAUCAAACAAGCUUGCCCUUGGAUUUUGAACAGAAUCAAACAAACAUACUGUUGGAUUUUGAUGGCUUGGGUGGUUGGGGUUCAGUGACAGUUGUCGGUCCAACAGAAUUAAGUAAACAUGCUGUUGGAUUUGGAUAGGUUGGCUUGGGGUGGGUGGUAUAGGGUUCAAUCGUCAGUUCCCAAAAAAAUCACAUAAAAAAUGUUGUUGGAUUUUGAUGGAUUGGUAUUGUAAAGGUUCAAGUGGGCAAUAGUUAAAUAGUAUCUUCACAUUCUAUGUGGUGAACCAACAGUCUCUGGUAUACAGUGUUGGUGAAGAACACUUGCACAUAGUUUUCUACACCUAGAUGUAAGCAUUGAUUUUGUAGUUAAAAAACAACGCACAGGUACCCCUGUGAAACAUACUCAUUUAGGGUUUACCUUUCCACUUAGAUACAAGUAGUGAUUCCAAAAUUACAGUAAGCAUGAAGUUAAGGCUCUGAUGAGAACUUUUUGAAAUCGCAAACACAAAGAUUAUUUGAUGUACAAUCUGGAAAAGGUAACCAUUUAGAAUGGAUAAAUAUUGUCUUUAUGUCGUUUGUGAAAAAAAGCUUGAGUUUUAUUAUUAUUUCAGCACCAAUGUUCAAUAAAAUCGAAAUCAGAAAGAUUAUUUUGUGUACAAUCUGGAAAAAAGCCCUACCAUUUAGAAUGGAUAAUAUAUUGUCUUUAUGAAUUUUGUGAGAAAAGUUCAUAAAGGAAGUGAUAAGGAAGUGAUAGUUUGAUAAUCCCAUGCUGGAAGCAGAGAUGUCAUGUGUGGCUCAGGCUGGAAAGAAGCAGAGUCAUUACUUGUAAAUGUCUGGUCCUGAGCUAAGUCAUCAAUGAUACACAGAAACGCUGGAAACUUGUUUAUUGUAUUCUUGUGAAGUAAAGUUGUUUUCGUAAAAUGAUACAGACAUGGUAUUAGGUAUUGAUAAACUUCAAGAGAAUUUGUUUGUUAUAUGUAAAGACUGGACACUUUAAAUUGUUAUUUGUUAAUGUUGUUAUUGAGAAACUAUUAAAGAUUUGUAAGGCAUAAGAAGAAGAAA